AUGGCUAAGAAAGGAGGCCGUAGAGAGAGAGCAACUUCGCCCGAAUCAACGCCAGGAACUCAGUCUAUGGCCAAGGUUUUCAGAGAUCAAACCCCAGGCGAAGAAUUCAAGGAACAAGUUGAACCAGUUCCAACAUCCCCACAGGUACCAUUAGCAGAAGAAGAGGACGAUGAUAUUGCAAAUGCCUCGUUUCCUGUCAAGAUUAUCUAUCAAGUCCAGGAUUUCUUGAAUGCCAAUAUGAACUUUUUAUACUUCGUGCAACUCUUAGUCUUUGGUUAUUUGAUCCAACUUUCAUACUUGAGCUACGAAAAAUUCGAGCAUUUGAAGGAUCUCUUGCCAAUCAUUGGCUUCAAUGCCAUUGGUGUGCUGAUUGGUUUAGGGUUCAGUUACGUCAGAGCCGAUGCCGAGGAGAGAAAGAAGUUACCUGACUUUGGGUACAUCUACAGUGUCUUGCUCCCAUUAUUUGUGGGGGUUUUGCAUUACAACCCAGACUUCUUUUUGGUCAACCUUUGUUUGAACUAUUUCAUUAUUGACAGAUUGAACCCAAUUUUCAGAACUUUUUCCAGCAUUGUCUUCUUCGAAAUGUACAAUGAGAACAAUACCAUGACUACGUUCAAUUUUCUCCAGAUCAGUGUUACCCAUGGGAUCCUUCUGUAUGCAUUGAACUUCAUCAAUGAUGGAAACUUAAACAGUGAAGUAUCGUCCAAGAAAGAACACUUGGAACCGAAUGCUGACUAUAACAAGAGUUUAAGAAAAUCAGAGAUCCAAUUGAUCACUUUGAUUCUCAGCAAUUUGUUAUUCAACAAGGAUUUGGUUGAUAAGCAUGUUCCUCUUGUGAUUCUCCAAAAAUUGGUGAUAAGUUUGAUUAGUUCGACAUUUAUCACAUACCCAAUUUUCUCAUUCAUUCCGGGAUUCGUCUCUAUGGCUUUGUUUGGCGGUGUUUUCUACUGGUUGACCAACUACCAAUUGAAGGCCCUGUUGAAUGCAGACAAUGCAGUUUUAUGGCUCUACAACUAUAUUUUUGAAGAUGAACAAAAGCUCUCAUUAUUGAAGAUUUGGGUUGGAAUUUUGGCAGUUGUGAUCCCCUUUGUAUUUUACAAUGUGGACAGAUUUUCCCUCAAUUCCAGAAGGAAGAUAUGGCAUCUCGUUAUCGUGGGAGUUUUGUGUGUUAGCCCUAAGGUUCUUAUUGAAGAAGUGGAAUUCACCUUGAUUUGCAUGCUUGGAUCCAUCAUCUUAUUUGUGGUAGUGGAAAUUGUAAGAUUUAACCAGCUCACCUUCAUCGGCAAAUUUUUGUUCGAUAGACUCGUUAAGUUCCAAGACUUUAAAGAUUUGAAGGGACCUUUGAACUUGUCCUACAUUUAUUUGUUGGUGGGUAUCUCCAUUCCAAUUGUGUACGAUUACACUUCUGGCCAAUUAUCCCUUAUCAGAUACAUGGGUUUAGUUGGUCUCGGGCUCGGUGAUGCCCUGGCUUCUGUCGUGGGAAAGAGAUUUGGAAGUAUCAAGUGGAAAGGUAAUGACAAGUCAGUUCAGGGCUCAGUUGCGUUCGUGGUGGUUACCUUUGGAUCGUUUGUUGUAAUUGACACUUUCCUCAGUGGCCUCACUAGUCUGUAUGUUCCUGUUAACAACAACUGGGAGAACCUCUUUGUGUCUGUUCUCAUUGCCGCACUUUUGGAGGGUUCAUCAGACUUGAACGAUAACUUCUUUGUCCCAAUAAUAUUACCUAUUGCUUAUGAGGUUUUGAAUAUGUGCUUCAAGCACUAA